UCACAAGGAUACGCUGAAAAUAUGGAGAACCGAGUCGCACUAUAUUUGGUGACGCUACUGGUUAUUGCACAUACCGCAUCGACCGGUGUUUAUUCCCUGAGCGAUAUCACAGUACAGUCAGAACCAGUCGAAGUGAAGCAAGGACAGAACGUCAGGCUGUGGUGCAAACUGAAAUAUGACCCUCAUAAAGUAGUGCCGGUACACUGGCAUACGCCGCCAAAUUUCCGAACAAAAACCAACGAUUGUUCUUCUUUUGUAAAGGAUAAAUAUAUCAUGUCAUGUUCAGACACUGAGGACCCUUUUGGAUAUUAUAAUAUGACAAUAAUGGAUGUCCAAUGGGCCGAUAAUGGGGUAUAUCGGUGUCUGUAUCACAAACAUAUGGACAUUGUGAAUUUACAAGUUUUGGUUCCGGUUACAGUUGUAACACUAAAGGAAGUUGUCGAGACUACAUCUGAAGAUCCACGGCUCUUGCAAAAGAACAUAACCUGCACAACUAACUGUGCAUAUCCGGCACCCAAGAUUUCGUGGCUUGUAAAUGACCAACCCUUUAAUGGCAAGACAGCGGUCAGGGAGUUGAACUGCUCAGGGGCCAAGGAGGGCCAGAAACAGACUAUGAGCACAGUGUUAGUAAUGAGCACAGACAUGGAUAAGGAGAGUACAGAAUAUAACAUUACGUGUACAGCAGAAAACGUUGUUGGAGAGCCAAAUGUUUCAGAGGCAAUGGCUGUCAAUAAUGAGGCAUUGACCGGUGCUAAUUACCAGAAUGAUAUCACAGUACAGCCAGGACCAGUUGAAGUGAAGCAAGGACAGAACGUGAGGCUGUGGUGCAAACUGAAAUACGACCGUGAUAAAAUAGUGCCAGUAAACUGGCAAACCCCGCCAAAAUUCCAAACAAGAACCGACGAUUGUUCUUCUUUUGCAAAGGAUAAAUAUGCCAUGUCAUGUUCAGAUGCCAGAUACCCUUUUAGGUAUUAUAAUAUGACAAUAAUGGAUGUCCAAUGGGCCGAUAAUGGGGAAUAUCGGUGUAUGUAUACUAACCCUAUGGACAUUGUGGAUUUACAAGUUUUGGUUCCGGUAACAGAUGUGACACUAGAAAAAGUCGUCAAAAGCUAUGCUGCGGAGCCCCAGCGCCUGUAUGAGAUCUUUACCUGCACAACAAACUGUGCAUUUCCAGCACCCAAGAUUUCAUGGCUUGUAAAUGACCAACUCUUUAACGGCAUACCGACGGUCAAAGAGUUAGACUGCUCUGGGGCCAAGGACGGCCAGAAACAGACUAUGAGCACAGUGUUAGUAAGGAGCACAUACACAGAUAAGGAGAGAACAGAAUAUAACAUUUCGUGUACGGCAGAAAACGUCGUUGGAGAGCCAAAUGUUUCAGAGGCAAUGGCUGUCAAUAAUGAUGUAUCCCGGCCGGUAACUCCCUGUCCACCUCAGCCCAUUAUGGCUAAACCUUUUUGGCAAAUAGUGGCAGUGGCACUAUUUCUAUUGCUUGUCACAGCAAUCAUGAUCGCCUUCAUUGCCAUGCGCGAAAGACAUCAUCGACAGGCUCUCAGAGAUGAUUCAUCAAUGGAAGCCCAGUUCCAUGAACAUUCGGCUCCUCCAAAAUGUGAGAAGAAUGAUAGUAUCAAAUACCAUAAUAUUUCGACAUCUGCGCAUGAUUUUGACAACGCUCAUAAUGAAGAGUUUGCUUUAUGGAGAGCCAGAGAUGAUAAACGUUCAGAUUCGAAUGUGAGUGUUGAAUUCUCUAGAUUGUCCGGUAAGAACAGUGAGAAGACUCGAAGGAGGUUGACUCCAAGGAAUCAAGGGGUUGAUUUAUCAUGGGAAGCCCGGUUCGAUGAACAUUCGGCUCCUCCAAAAAGUGGGAAGAAUGAUUGGAUCAAACGUUAUAGUGCUUCGACAUAGCUUGAUGAGAAGAUCGCUCCCCGUUUACAUCACGAAGAGCAUCCGUCGUCUGAUGAGACGUCAUCAGAAGAACAGUCCUCUAUGAAACAUUCCGCUUUGUCCAGGAUGUAGGCACCCUGUCGAAACCGCACCGCAAGAAUAAAGAAGAUGCAAUUUACCAUUUUCAAUAUUUACAAGCGUAAAGAAUGUAUGUUCCGAUCACUCUCGGCCUUCAGGUACCUACACUCCAUGAUCAACCAUAUUGGCAGUGUACACCAUAUCACCAAUCUUGAAUCUUUUCAGCUUCUGUAUUACUCUUGAUAUCACGAUAAUCUUUCAUCUUCUCCGUGAUACAUAUCAUAGCAGUCUUUCUGCACUUCGUGAUUUCUAACUUCACUCUCUUCGAGGAUGGUAGGCAACUUGUCUGUAAAUCUACGCCAUCAAUAUCUUUGGCAGCAAUCGUUGCCAUGUUCUACCGGUUGCAAGAGAUGUCAUAAACGCUUUUUUAGAUGACUAUAAAAACGCUCCAUCUUACAUUUUUUCUGAUGUCUCUUGGUCAUGAAGCGUAUAUCUUCUUUUUCUUCUGAAAACUGGAGCGCUUUUGAUCAAUGUAGUGUGGUGUAUUCAUGUUAUCAAAUGGGAGUUAUGGUGACUUUCCAGUGUGUCAUGUAUAUAUUGUAUUAAUACACGUAUGUGUGUUUGGGUGUAUUUGGAUUCAGCAUAUUUCCCGUUGUAAUAGAUUGUAUGUUCAGUUGUCAGAUUGUGAUUAAGAUAAUGUUAAUUUAUACAGUCAUGUAGACAUGGAAGUAGUGCGCUGAAGAUAGAUGGGGGUCAGAUGGGGUUUUAUUUUUUGGAAAUAACAAAUAAGGGUGUGUGUCGAUCAGCCGCAGAGUUUUAGGCAGAUAUGACAUCUAGGCCCUGUUUGGCCUUAUACACAUGGCCAAGUAGUUGGGCAUGAGUGGGUGUUUUUGAUUAGGACCUCCCGAGUAUUGGUAAGUUUUGGAACUAGUAUUAUGUCAGGGUAUGUUGCUUUUCGGAUAAAUAUAAAGUUUCUUUUGACCACUCCGUAGAAUAUCAUAAUAUAACCAUGUUUGAUCAACCUCGUUGAAAGGUUAUUGGUACAUAUCUAUUUCUUUGUUUAUUGUUAAUUGUAUUAUACAUUGGAAUUUAAAGGCACAGACGGCUUCAAACAAUUAUUUCUGUUUUAAUUUUGGUAAACUUGAUAUGUAUCUAGACAUUCCAUUAUUCAGGAACCUGCCAAUGGACCGAUGUAACUCUGACAAAUGUAAUGAAAAUAAUAAUAUUUUUAGUGCCACUAUCAAAAAGUGACCAAUAACAUAAUACAAAACUCUUUUGGUAUACUAUAGUCCACUACAUGUAGCAACCAAAGAGGAAAUCUUUCAUCUUUCUCCUGUGAUACAUAUCAUGGUUUCUUCUGUGAUAAAUAUCAUGGUUUCUUCUGUGAUACAUAUCAUGGUUUCCUCUGUGAUAAAUAUCAUGGCUUCUUCUGUGAUACAUAUCAUGGUUUCUUCUGUGAUAAAUAUCAUGGUUUCUUCUGUGAUACAUAUCAUAGCGUUUAUUUUCUGCACUCAGUGAUUUCUAACUUCACUCUCAUCGGGUAUGGUAGUCAACUUGUUUGAAAGAGAAACAAGACCCCGUUUGAUCAAUGAAGUUGGUGUAGUUAUUUUGAUAAAUGGAAGCAGAGUCUUUCAAAAGACUCUGGUGGGGGUUAUCACUGUGAUUUGCAUCUUUUCUCCAUAUAUUGUAUUCAUACACGUACUAUGUACAUGUAUACAUGUAUGUAAAAUAUAUAAUUUUGUAUUAUUCAUUUUGUAUAUUUCCCAUUGUAAUAUGCCAGUAGCUGAAUUAUAGGAAGGUGUUCUAGGCCUUAUAUGGACCUAUUUUCAUAAACGAAGGUCGUUUGGGAGGAGUUUGUGUUUUUGAAUUGACCCCCCCCCCCCGGGAGUUUGGUGAGUUUUGGACAUAUUAGUACCAUAUGACAAGUUAAUACGUCGCUUUUCAGGGAAAUAUAAAGUCAACCCUUGACAACUAUGUAGUAAUGUAUUACCCAGAACUUGAUGAUGCAUGUACUUCCCCAUUAUAGUUUCAUUAUAGUUUCAUAUUGUUUCAACAAAUAUGUUAAAACAAAUGUUGCGUGAAACGACAUUUUGGUUGGCUGACCAGAUAUUUCUGUACGUUUCUGAACUGAUGUCAUCUGUCAUAAUAAUCUAAUUUGUGUAAAUAUGCAAUCCAUUUUGCUCCUGUCAUGUCUACUCCUUCCAUCAUAAGAUAGCGUGAAUUUUGAUGCAUUUUCAAUUGAACUUGUAUUUAUAUUGUGAGAAUGUUUAUUGUCGAGACCAGUACAGUUCUGCAAUUGAUUGAUUAAAAUCUCUGAAAAAUUAUACUCAUUUGCCAAUAAAAACCUAUCAGGUGGAAAUGCGAGAGAACAAACGCCUUUGCUGGUCUUGAGUUUGUAAUUAGGCAAGCUACACUUGCUGUUGAAAUUCCACUCACUUCGUAACCAGCAUUCAAAAAAGGCUCUGUUUUCGCUCUUUUCGACAUAGUCGUACAUGUCUAAUCAGUGCCCUUAAAUAAAGUAAACUGUAAUGUUGUGACCUUAAGUGUUGAAGUGGAAAUGCACAGAGGGGGUUAGAUUUUGCGGGCAAAUGUAAUACUAAAAACUCGUAUCAACCGAGGAGUGAUUCAACUCAAAAUUUUGCUAACACGUCCUAUAUCGACCAACUCAUUUGUGAUAUUAUGUGUCAUGCUGUAAUAAUAUUUCUUAGCCAGUUCUAUGCAUUUUAAUAUUUGUAAAUUAUACCCUAAAAGUGCCUGAUCUCAAGAUGAACGCUUUAAAACGAAAUCACCAAUUCUUCGCCACAGGUGCAAGGUUAUCAGAUUGUAAGAUAACGAAGUUAAUUAUUAAAGCGAGCGAAAGUUUGAUGGGAGUCAUGGAUAGGGUGGAUCUAUCUUGGAGAUAAAAGUUGUAUAGUUGAAUUUUCGGGAGAUUAUUUAGGUCCUUUUCGUGCUUAUGAUUAGAUAUUUUGGCAUGACAUGGUUUUUAGUACCUAUGUAGUUGCAUGACAUUUGAAAAAUAUAUCAGUGUCAUUUAUGAUUUACAUAAACUCUACCGCUAGCCCCUUUGUUGUAAUGCGGCGAUGGCAUCAUCUCAUACUUGACCAACCUUAUUACCAGGAUAUUUAUAUUGGAAUAAAUUAGUCUGUGGAAUGGGCUGGAGCAAUGAGGAUGCCAAGUCGUGCUAGCAUGACAUGCCAUGGGAGGUAGCCCGAUCCUCAAAUAAAGUCACCUAGAGACUAAGCAUGAGAUGUAUCUUAUUCCUCCUCUUGAAAAUCCCUCUGUUUUACCUGUAGCCUUUUUACGCUUUGUUCGCGAGUGCGCUUAGCGAAAUGUUGUUUAUGCAGUAAUUAUGAAAGGGUCAACUGAACAACAUUGUCUGGUGUUUUGGGCGGAGUUAUGAUGCUGUAAGAAUAUAUGUAUUGUGGUGGUAGGAAUCUAGGUAAUUCUAAGCUAUUUUAACAAAAGCCCUUACAGGCCUUUUUGUCUCAAAUUAGCUUAGAAACCCCUAAGAACCAGACACCACAAUACAUAUAUUCUAUCAUUCAUGAAAUGGUCAGUGAAGCGUUGCAGUGAAAUGGUAAGGGAAUACUAGAGUUCAAUGGGUUAAUGUAAUCAUGACUUACUGUAUUCCAACAGAAAGUACACGUCAAUAGCUUUUUUCCGUGCAUUUUACCUGAUAUAUGAUGUUGGCACUGUUCACUGCAUGUACAUAAUUUUACUAGUAAAUAAAUAGAAAAUGGCAACAGGAUAUUUAUUAAAUACCGAAAGGGCACAUAAGAUUCCACUUGGUUUGAAAGCUGAGAGGCAGCAUCAUAUCAUUACUCAUAACCCAUCAUCUGCUAACCCCAAAGAAACACUGUAUGUUAGAAUACCGGCAUUGCGAGAGAAUACAUUCUUUGUACCUAAAUCUCUUUAUCUGUCUGCUGAUGUAACCAUUUCUGGUGAUUCUAAAAAUA